AUGAAUGAUCGGUGGAAAACCAUGAACAGCAUUUCAGAACUCGACGAUGGACAGCAACAUAGAACGCAGAGGGUGAGCUGCAACUACCUUCUAUGGACCAUUCUGCUCUUCGUGGCCGUGCUUCUGACCGUCACGGUAACCGGCAGCAUCCUGGUGAUGAACCACUACCAGGCUCCUCAUCACGGCAGCGAGCUCGACUCCCUGACGUCCCACAUCAGCACCAACCAGGAGACGGAGGCCAACGCCCUGGUAACCAUCGACCGUGGAGACGGCUCGCGUAUCAACGUCUUCAUCGAGCCCAACUGCCCCGACUACAACGCCAACUUCCAGAGGCUGGAAGGGGUGCAAACCUCCCUGCUGCACUCGCUCACUGACCACGACUCGGACCUGAAGUCAGUCAGGGGCCAGGACCGUGUGCUAUUGGUCAAGUUGGCUGAGGAUGUGGCCAAGCUGUCGGCCCACGCCACCCAGCUGAAGAUGGAGUACGAGGGCCUUAGGAGGGGGCAGAGUAACAUCGGCCAGGAGCUUGGCACGCUGCAGACAGACCAGCAGAGACUCAUCGUGCUGCUGUCGGAGAGCGAGGCAAACAUGGUGAAGGUGGUGAACUCGGUGAGCGAUGCGCUGGACUCCAUGCAGAAGCAGACGGGCAGCAUCAAGAGCCGCCUCAAGGCCGACCUGCAGAGGGCGCCCAUACGCAUCCCACGGCCCAAAGGCUGCGGCAACGGAGAGGGUGCUCGGCCGCAUGACUGCAGUGACAUCUAUGCCAGUGGCCAGAGGGAGGAUGGUCUCUACUCCGUCUUUCCUGUCCACUUCCCUGCCGGCUUUCAGGUCUACUGUGACAUGACCACCGACGGGGGAGGAUGGACGGUGAUCCAGCGGCGUGAGGAUGGCUCAGUCAACUUCUUCAGAGGCUGGCUGGCGUACCGCGAGGGCUUUGGCAAGAUCACUGGAGAACACUGGCUGGGUAUGAAGCGGAUCCACGCCCUCACCAUCCAGGCCAACUAUGAGCUGCGUAUCGACCUGGAGGACUUUGAGAACAGCACGUCCUUCGCGCAGUAUGGCUCCUUCGGGGUGGGGCUCUUCUCAGUGGACCCUGAUGAGGCUGGAUACCCCCUCACCAUCUCAGACUACUCCGGCACGGCAGGUGACUCUCUACUGAAGCAUAACGGCAUGAAGUUCACCACUAAGGACGUGGACAACGACGACUCGGAGAACAACUGUGCAGCGUUCUACCACGGCGCCUGGUGGUACCGCAACUGCCACACAUCCAACCUGAAUGGCCAGUACCUGCGCGGCCAGCACACCUCCUAUGCUGACGGUAUCGAGUGGUCGUCUUGGACCGGCUGGCAGUACUCACUCAAGUUUGUGGAGAUGAAGAUCAGGCCCUCCAGAGAGGACAACCAAUGAGCUGUCAAGUUUUACCAGACCAAGGCAACCAGUGAGAGUGCAGAGAAGUAAAUCAACGCCACCCGCUGGAUGCCAUUUUUUUUGGCUGUCAGUGGUCUAGCCUCGCAUCAUUGGAGUGUUCUACCAGGCUUGCCAAGAAUCUGACAAACCAAUCACAACACAGAGAUUUGUUUUUAAUCAAAGCGGGCAGGGUUUUAAGGGAGUGACGACGAAGCUCGCAACGUUGGGAAAGCACUUCAAAGAGAAAGAUAGCGCUGAUUGGUCAGAACGCCGGCCUGUAGGCACAGGAACAGUUUGAAAGACAAUGGGUUGUUCUCAUCAACAAUCUUCGAAUGUAAUAUUCAUUGGGGCCAGACUAAAUUAAACAUCCAAUCUCCCAUUUAGGCUGCUUUAUCAGGCUACAAGACAACCAGUGAAAGCCAGACCAGACCAGCUUCUUACCAGAUCGAAAUGUUUAGAAUACUGAGACCAGCGUUUUACCAGACAGGGCUUUCACGAGAGGCUCACUUGGCACAAAGACCCUUUUCCUUCUGAACGUUUAUGGAAAUGGGAAUAAUAUUCAACAUUGUGCUUGGGACAGCAGCUGGUUCAGUGUGUGUGUGUGUGUGUGUGUGUGUGUGUG